AUGGCUGAUUCUGCCGAUCUCCCUGACCGCAAACCCCGCAAGUCGGUCCAAUUUUCCGAAGGUGCUACGAUUGUCGACAGCAACGGCGACGUUACCGAAUCACUAGAGAUGAACGGCGACAAAGACUCCGCUGAGGGCCACACCGCGGGUGCUGGUGACGACAAAGAGGUCGAGGAGGUCACCGACAUGUUCGCUGAUCUCGCAAAGAAGAAGAAGAAGAAGUCCUCCAAGAAGAAGGAAGGCGAGGAAGAGGACGGCGCAGAGGGCGACUUCGCCGCGCUGAAGAAGAAGAAGAAGUCCAGCAAGAAGAAGGUCGAGGACGACUUCGAGGCCAAGCUCGCUGCCGCCGGCGGCGACAAGCCCGAAGGCGAGGAGGAGGUCGCUGCUCCCGAACCCGAAGUACAAGAAGGCGACAUGAUGAAGGGCACCGGCAUCUGGGAACACAACUCGACAACCCCCAUCUCGUACAACCUCCUCCUGAACCGCUUCUUCACGCUCCUCCACGCACAACAUCCCGACCUCGCCAGCUCGGGCACAAAGAGCUACAAGAUCCCGCCCCCACAGUGCAUGCGCGAAGGAAACAAGAAGACCGUCUUUGCCAACCUUGCCGAGAUCUGCAAGCGUAUGAAGCGUUCCGACGAGCACGUUGCCCAGUUCCUGUUUGCUGAACUGGGUACGAGCGGUUCGUUUGCCGACCAGAAGCGCUUGGUCAUCAAGGGUCGUUUCCAGCAAAAGCAACUCGAGAACGUUCUCCGACGAUACAUUGUCGAAUACGUUACAUGCAAGACCUGCCGUUCGCCCGACACGGAUCUCUCCAAGGGUGAGAACCGUCUCAACUUCGUCACCUGCAACAGCUGCGGAUCGAGACGUUCGGUACAGGCCAUCAAGACUGGUUUCUCGGCCCAGAUCGGAAAGAGGCGGAGAAUGGUGGGUUAG